AUGGACAUGAACAACCAACUCUAGUUUACUACUCCAGAAACAUAGAAUUUAGAUACUCAGCUAUAUUAACUUAAAGGGCAUUUGGUACUCAAUUACGGGUUUUUCAUGUUUAUCUUUUAUACUGCCUAGGUUUUUGGCAUGUACUUUUGGUCUAACCGUGUGAAUCAGAAUAACUUCAAGUACUUGAUUGUUUUGAUGAUUUUCGUUUAAGCUAUAACCAUUCUGUUGAUUUCACUUAAGUUAUCAAUAAUGCUAAAUCUACUCUUUCGAGCAAUUUAAGGAUUUUUUUCUUGUGCGAUUGGACUUACUAAGCUAUCAAUUGAUAACUAUUUUAAUCCUAGAAGAGAUAUGCAGAAAGUUAUUGAUUUAUCAGGACUAUGGUAUAUCGGUAUAGCAAUAGGGAGUUCUCUCACCAGUUUCAUUGUAUUUCAAUCUCAAGAUAUCAAUGAGGAUGGCAUGAUCAUGCAAAGUGAGGAUGGGGAAAAGUACCCUUACUUAUUCUCUUCACUGAUUAAUCUUGCUCUUUCAGUCAUAUCAAUUGGAGUUUUCUUUACAUUCUAUCCCACUUUCAAUGAAUCUAAAAUUUUUUACAAAAAAUUGCAAUCAACUAUGUUUUUCCAAUCGACAUUUUUAUUAGCACAAAAUGACUUUACUGGGUAGAUUACAAGGCACUAGAGAACAAGAUCCACAUUUAGCAGCUCUACUUUAAAACUCUUAAUUGCCCAGGACAAAAAUCUUGUCUUUGCUUUACUUUAUCAAGGCUUAGUCUAUUUCGUUUAUUUUGGCAUGAUAGACGUCUUCACAUUGUAUUGCUUUACAGUUUUAGAUGUCUAGAAUGAGCUAUUCUACUCAAAUAUUUAUAGCUUUGCAGCACUUAUUUUAUUUGUAAUGCAGAUGUUUAGCAUAGAUUUGAACUAUUUUGAGAAUUAAGAAUAGAAUAUCAAUAGACUAAAUAAACACAUACUAAACCAAUUUUUAACUGCUUUCGUUGCAAUGAUACUUCUAUAUUUAUUGAGAUUCUUGAGUUCUUCAAAUAUUUAUCUAUUGAUGGUGUUUACAGGAUUAAUCUUUGGAAUAUUUAUGGCCUAAGUUUCCAGAAUUCUAAGCUAAAUAAACUCGAUGAUCGACAACUUAGCAUUAAGAAUUGGAGAAGAGGGUGACCAUGUUAGAAAUCUUUCCUAGUUUAAUGCAAAUAUUGCUAAAAUACUAGGUGCAUUUCUUUUAUGCGUUUGUGGGUCCUUCAAUUUCUGGUAAAAUACAAACUACUAACUAGGUAAGAAUAAAUUAAUUUAUUUUAAACACUUCUAUAGACUUUGUUUACGUAUUUAUGCUGAUUAUGGUAGCAUUAAUACUAAGUUUGCUUUUGAUUAGUUGCUAUGA